AUGUCACCAAUCUCCCGCUUUCCAUCACCCCGCCCCAUUCUCCCGCUUUCCAUCACCCCGCCCCAGUCUCCCGCUUUCCAUCACCCCGCCCCAUUCUCCCGCUUUCCAUCACCCCGCCCCAUUCUCCCGCUUUCCAUCACCCCGCCCCAUUCUCCCGCUUUCCAUCACCCCGCCCAAUUCUCCCGCUUUCCAUCACCACGCCCCAUUCUCCCGCUUUCCAUCACCCCGCCCCAUUCUCCCGCUUUCCAUCACCCCGCCCCAUUCUCCCGCUUUCCAUCACCCUGCCUCAUUCUCCCGCUUUCCAUCACCCCGCCCCAUUCUCCCGCUUUCCAUCACCCCGCCCCAUUCUCCCGCUUUCCAUCACCCCGCCCCAUUCUCCCGCUUUCCAUCACCCCGCCCCAUUCUCCCGCUUUCCAUCAACCCGCCCCAUUCUCCCGCUUUCCAUCACCCCGCCCCAUUCUCCCGCUUUCCAUCACCCCGCCCCAUUCUCCCUCCUUCCAUCACCCCGCCCCAUUCUCCCGCUUUCCAUCACCCCGCCCCAUUCUCCCGCUUUCCAUCACCCCGCCCAAUUCUCCCUUUUUCCAUCACCCUGCCCAUUCUCCCGCUUUCCAUCACCCUGCCCCAUUCUCCCGCUUUCCAUCACCCCGCCCCAUUCUCCCGCUUUCCAUCUCCCCGCCCCAUUCUCCCGCUUUCCAUCACCCCGCCCCAUUCUCCCUCCUUCCAUCACCCCGCCCCAUUCUCCCACUUUCCAUCACCCCGCCCCAUUCUCCCGCUUUCCAUCACCCCGCCCCAUUCUCCCGCUUUCCAUCACCCCGCCCCAUUCUCCCGCUUUCCAUCACCCCGCCCCAUUCUCCCGCUUUCCAUCACCCCGCCCCAUUCUCCCGCUUUCCAUCACCCCGCCCCAUUCUCCCGCUUUCCAUCACCCCGCCCCAUUCUCCCGCUUUCCAUCACCCCGCCCCAUUCUCCCGCUUUCCAUCAACCCGCCCCAUUCUCCCGCUUUCCAUCACCCCGCCCCAUUCUCCCGCUUUCCAUCACCCCGCCCCAUUCUCCCUCCUUCCAUCACCCCGCCCCAUUCUCCCGCUUUCCAUCACCCCGCCCCAUUCUCCCGCUUUCCAUCACCCCGCCCAAUUCUCCCUUUUUCCAUCACCCUGCCCCAUUCUCCCGCUUUCCAUCACCCUGCCCCAUUCUCCCGCUUUCCAUCACCCCGCCCCAUUCUCCCGCUUUCCAUCUCCCCGCCCCAUUCUCCCGCUUUCCAUCACCCCGCCCCAUUCUCCCUCCUUCCAUCACCCCGCCCCAUUCUCCCACUUUCCAUCACCCCGCCCCAUUCUCCCGCUUUCCAUCACCCCGCCCCAUUCUCCCGCUUUCCAUCACCCCGCCCCAUUCUCCCGCUUUCCAUCACCCCGCCCCAUUCUCCCGCUUUCCAUCACCCCGCCCCAUUCUCCCGCUUUCCAUCACCCCGCCCCAUUCUCCCGCUUUCCAUCACCCCGCCCCAUUCUCCCGCUUUCCAUCACCCCGCCCCAUUCUCCCUCCUUCCAUCACCCCGCCCCAUUCUCCCGCUUUCCAUCACCCCGCCCCAUUCUCCCGCUUUCCAUCUCCCCGCCCCAUUCUCCCGCUUUCCAUCACCCCGCCCCAGUCUCCCGCUUUCCAUCACCCCGCCCCAUUCUCCCGCUUUCCAUCACCCCGCCCCAGUCUCCCGCUUUCCAUCACCCCGCCCCAUUCUCCCGCUUUCCAUCACCCCGCCCCAUUCUCCCGCUUUCCAUCACCCCGCCCCAUUCUCCCGCUUUCCAUCACCCCGCCCAAUUCUCCCGCUUUCCAUCACCACGCCCCAUUCUCCCGCUUUCCAUCACCCCGCCCCAUUCUCCCGCUUUCCAUCACCCCGCCCCAUUCUCCCGCUUUCCAUCACCCUGCCUCAUUCUCCCGCUUUCCAUCACCCCGCCCCAUUCUCCCGCUUUCCAUCACCCCGCCCCAUUCUCCCGCUUUCCAUCACCCCGCCCCAUUCUCCCGCUUUCCAUCACCCCGCCCCAUUCUCCCGCUUUCCAUCAACCCGCCCCAUUCUCCCGCUUUCCAUCACCCCGCCCCAUUCUCCCGCUUUCCAUCACCCCGCCCCAUUCUCCCUCCUUCCAUCACCCCGCCCCAUUCUCCCGCUUUCCAUCACCCCGCCCCAUUCUCCCGCUUUCCAUCACCCCGCCCAAUUCUCCCUUUUUCCAUCACCCUGCCCCAUUCUCCCGCUUUCCAUCACCCUGCCCCAUUCUCCCGCUUUCCAUCACCCCGCCCCAUUCUCCCGCUUUCCAUCUCCCCGCCCCAUUCUCCCGCUUUCCAUCACCCCGCCCCAUUCUCCCUCCUUCCAUCACCCCGCCCCAUUCUCCCGCUUUCCAUCACCCCGCCCCAUUCUCCCGCUUUCCAUCACCCCGCCCCAUUCUCCCGCUUUCCAUCACCCCGCCCCAUUCUCCCGCUUUCCAUCACCCCGCCCCAUUCUCCCGCUUUCCAUCACCCCGCCCCAUUCUCCCGCUUUCCAUCACCCCGCCCCAUUCUCCCGCUUUCCAUCACCCCGCCCCAUUCUCCCGCUUUCCAUCAACCCGCCCCAUUCUCCCGCUUUCCAUCACCCCGCCCCAUUCUCCCGCUUUCCAUCACCCCGCCCCAUUCUCCCGCUUUCCAUCACCCCGCCCCAUUCUCCCGCUUUCCAUCACCCCGCCCCAUUCUCCCGCUUUCCAUCACCCCGGCCCAUUCUCCCACUUUCCAUCACCCCGCCCCAUUCUCCCUCCUUCCAUCACCCCGCCCCAUUCUCCCGCUUUCCAUCACCCCGCCCCAUUCUCCCGCUUUCCAUCACCCCGCCCCAUUCUCCCGCUUUCCAUCACCCCGCCCCAUUCUCCCGCUUUCCAUCACCCCACCCCAUUCUCCCUCCUUCCAUCACCCCGCCCCAUUCUCCCGCUUUCCAUCACCCCGCCCCAUUCUCCCUCCUUCCAUCACCCCGCCCCAUUCUCCCUCCUUCAAUCUCCCGCUUUCCAUCUCCCUGCCCCAUUCUCCCUCCUUCCAUCACCCCGCCCCAUUCUCCCUCCUUCCAUCUCCCCGCCCCAUUCUCCCGAUUUCCAUCUCCCCGCCCCAUUCUCCCGCUUUCCAUCACCCGCCCCAUUCUCCCGCUUUCCAUCACCCCGCCCCAUUCUCCCGCUUUCCAUCACCCUGCCUCAUUCUCCCGCUUUCCAUCACCCCGCCCCAUUCUCCCGCUUUCCAUCACCCCGCCCCAUUCUCCCGCUUUCCAUCACCCCGCCCCAUUCUCCCGCUUUCCAUCACCCCGCCCCAUUCUCCCGCUAUCCAUCACCCCGACCCAUUCUCCCGCUUUCCAUCACCCCGCCCCAUUCUCCCGCUUUCCUUCACCCCGCCCCAUUCUCCCGCUUUCUAUCACCCCGCCCCAUUCUCCCGCUUUCCAUCACCCCGCCCCAUUCUCCCGCUUUCCAUCAUCCCGCCCCAUUCUCCCGCUUUCCAUCACCUCGCCCCAUUCUCCCUCCUUCCAUCACCCCGCCCCAUUCUCCCUCCUUCCAUCACCCCGCCCCAUUCUCCCGCUUUCCAUCACCCCGCCCCAUUCUCCCUCCUUCCAUCACCCCGCCCCAUUCUCUCUCCUUCCAUCACCCCGCCCCAUUCUCCCGCUUUCCAUCACCCCGCCCCAUUCUCCCGCUUUCCAUCACCCCGCCCCAUUCUCCCGCUUUCCAUCACCCCGCCCCAUUCUCCCGCUUUCCAUCACCCCGCCCCAUUCUCCCUCCUUCCAUCACCCCGCCUGAUUCUCCCGCUUUCCAUCACCCCGCCCCAUUCUCCCUCCUUCCAUCACCCCGCCCCAUUCUCCCGCUUUCCAUCACCCCGCCCCAUUCUCCCGCUAUCCAUCACCCCGACCCAUUCUCCCGCUUUCCAUCACCCCGCCCCAUUCUCCCGCUUUCCAUCACCCCGCCCCAUUCUCCCGCUUUCUAUCACCCCGCCCCAUUCUCCCGCUUUCCAUCACCCCGCCCCAUUCUCCCGCUUUCCAUCAUCCCGCCCCAUUCUCCCGCUUUCCAUCACCUCGCCCCAUUCUCCCUCCUUCCAUCACCCCGCCCCAUUCUCCCUCCUUCCAUCACCCCGCCCCAUUCUCCCGCUUUCCAUCACCCCGCCCCAUUCUCCCUCCUUCCAUCACCCCGCCCCAUUCUCCCUCCUUCCAUCACCCCGCCCCAUUCUCCCGCUUUCCAUCACCCCGCCCCAUUCUCCCGCUUUCCAUCACCCCGCCCCAUUCUCCCGCUUUCCAUCACCCCGCCCCAUUCUCCCGCUUUCCAUCACCCCGCCCCAUUCUCCCUCCUUCCAUCAACCCGCCCCAUUCUCCCGCUUUCCAUCACCCCGCCCCAUUCUCCCUCCUUCCAUCACCCCGCCCCAUUCUCCCGCUUUCCAUCACCCCGCCCCCAUUCUCCCGCUUUCCAUCACCCCGCCCCAUUCUCCCGCUUUCCAUCACCCUGCCCCAUUCUCCCGCUUUCCAUCACCCUGCCCCAUUCUCCCGCUUUCCAUCACCCCGCCCCAUUCUCCCGCUUUCCAUCUCCCCGCCCCAUGGUUUAG